GAGGCAGGAGCCUCUGGGCGGGGCCGCGCGUCGUGAGCGCGCCUCAGGGCCGCGCUCCUGGGGGCGGCGCGCGGGACCGUGGCGCUUCCGGCAGCGGGAGGCGGCGCCGAGCGGGACCGAGCGGUUCGGGUAGCGGCCGGGGAGGCGGAUCUGGGACGAUGUCUGGGGAAGUGCCACCCAACAUUAACAUCAAGGAGCCUCGAUGGGACCAGAGCACUUUUGUCGGCCGAGCCAAUCACUUCUUCACUGUCACGGACCCCAGGAACAUCCUCCUAACAAACGAACAACUAGAGAAUGCAAGAAAGGUGGUGCAUGACUACAGGCAAGGAAUCGUUCCUGCUGGCCUCACGGAAAAUGAGUUGUGGAGAGCAAAGUACGUGUAUGAUUCAGCUUUCCAUCCAGACACGGGUGAAAAGAUGAUUCUGAUAGGAAGAAUGUCAGCUCAGGUUCCAAUGAACAUGACCAUCACGGGCUGCAUGAUGACAUUUUACAGGACCACACCGGCUGUGCUUUUCUGGCAGUGGAUAAACCAGUCCUUCAAUGCUGUUGUCAAUUACACCAAUAGAAGCGGAGAUGCUCCCCUCACCGUAAAUGAGCUGGGUACGGCUUAUGUUUCUGCUACAACUGGUGCUGUGGCGACAGCCCUAGGACUUAACGCCUUAACCAAGCGCGUCUCACCACUGAUAGGACGUUUUGUUCCCUUCGCUGCCGUAGCCGCUGCUAACUGCAUUAACAUCCCGCUGAUGAGGCAAAGGGAACUCAAAGUCGGCAUUCCUGUCACUGAUGAAAAUGGCACCCGAUUGGGAGAAUCGACCAAUGCUGCAAAACAAGCCAUCACGCAGGUGGUGGUCUCCAGGAUCCUCAUGGCAGCCCCCGGCAUGGCCAUCCCUCCAUUUAUCAUGAACACGUUGGAAAAGAAAGCCUUUCUGAAGGAAGGACAUUAUUUGGAAGAGACUGGCUCCAGCCUGUGGACACAGUACACACUCUGGCUGCUGAGGUUCCCGUGGAUGAGUGCACCAAUUCAAGUCACGUUGGUUGGCUUUUGUUUGGUGUUCGCGACCCCGCUGUGCUGUGCUCUAUUUCCUCAGAAGAGUUCCAUGCCUGUGACAAGCCUGGAGGAUGAGUUGCAAGCCAGCAUCCAAAGGAGUCAUCCUGAAUUACAGCGCGUGUACUUUAACAAGGGCCUGUGAAGCCAGGACCAAGCCCUGGAGGCUCCUCCUGCCAUCUGUGAACCUCCCGAAACCACAGCAGUGAGGAAAUCCCAUGUGAUGGGGGCAUUCCCAGUUACAAAAGCCUCUAAAAGAUCUGCAUUAGAGUCAAGCUGCCCCUUGACACAGCACCCAGUGCCAGUCAGGAGCAUGACAUUUGAAUCAUGUUGUAAUUUACAAACAUACCCUUCUGGUAGACUUUUAAUGAUGCCGUUUUUUCAAAGCCCUCACCUCGAGCUUUCAAAAGCACUGGUAGGCAUAGCAUAGGUGCUCCAAUUACCGGCUCAGUAAACAUUGGUUGUCAAUGGUUGGAAAGGUCACCCAUUUCAUUCCUCCUUUCGUUCCACAGAGGCCUCAGCCAUGAACUGGGAAAACACAAAAGGUCUAAGACUAAAUAUACAAGUGUAAAAACUAAGGAAACUUUGUCUCCAGUUUGGCAGUGGACCAGUCCAAAAUAGAUGGUAACAAAAAUUGAGGUUCAGAGGUAAACACUCCGUCCACAUUCCCGAAGUCAGCCACAGAGCAGGCUGUGAACUCGUCCCUGCGAUUAUCCUGUGUUCACAGUACUGACUUCUCUUGGUUAACUUUUCAGUUUGUCUGGUAUUCUUAUAAAAUUAUUAAUCUGACCUCAAAGGUACUUUCUAAUCAUGAAUUUUCAUCAAAUAAUUAACUGAAAUGCACAAUGCCAGGUUUAGGAUAUAUUCAGUACCAGUGCAGUCUGGUUUGUUGGGUUUUUUUGAUGUGAAACUACAGUUCCUAGUCCCUAUGUGCCUUUUCCCCCCUUUAUUUCCUUCCUUUUUUUGUUUUUGUUUUUUUUGUUUUGUUUUGUUUUGUUUUGCUUUCAUGAAGAUACAAAGAUAAUAAAUGAACAAGUCAGCAACAGUGAAUGUUGUGUUACAUUCCACCCUGUUUGUUUGAAGACCAUGAAAUUACGUAGCAUGUCUGCAUCUCCAUAGUGAUUUUACAUGUUACAUGUUCAGUGUAGCUGAGGUCAUGUUGGAAGUAUGUAGAUGUUCCCUGUCAUAGACAAGCUCCUUGUUACACUGAGUGUAAAUCAUUGUAAUUCAGAGAUUUGUAAGUGAGUAAAAAAUAUUAGAAACUAUCUAGUUUCUAUAGAUCUUUUUCCUGAUAAUGUGCCCAGAUUGAAUUUCCUCAUAAAGAAAAAACGGUGUGCCUUGUGUCUGUGUUUCUCUGUUCUCUAAAAGGAUGUAUGGAUCUGAAGCUCCCAUCCCCCUCCCCCCCAUGCUGCUGGAAUCUUCUGUAGUGUUGAAUGCCCAGCCACUUGAAAUGCAAUGGCUUCUUGUGACAUUCUGGCCUUGGAUGAGCCUCGUUGCCAUCAUUGCUUCUGUUUAAAUGGUGGUGAGAGCCUGGAGUUCUAGGCAGGGCUCAAAAGAUGCUUAGAGGACAUUUCCGUGAGAAGCUGCAGGCCUUGGGGUCCACCUCACCCCGCUGGUCGCUGAGCUGUUACCCCAGUGCGUGUGGAGCUCUGAGAACGUGAAAACGCAGAUGGGAGACUGACAUACUCCAGGUGUCAGCCCAGGUGUGGUGAGCAAUGAGUAGUGGGUGUGGAGCUGGCUCUUUGAAAAUUGUUUCUAGAAAUUUGGGCCUCUUAGUGCUUUUGUAUAGGAAUACUCACUGUGUGGUUUAAUCAUGAUUUAUUUAAAAAAAAAGAAGAAGAAGAAGAAGAAGAAAGACAGAAGAACAAAUGAAUGAAAUUGGCAAUCUUUGCUGAUCUUUUAAAAACACUUCUUUUCUGAAGACAAAGCCACAUGAAGCGCAAUAAGGUUGUAAGGUGACUAGUUAAUAUUUCUCUAAUGUGAGCUAGAGUUGCGUGUGUGACUGACUAGCAGCUAUCAGUAUUAGUGAGGUGUCUUGCCAACGUAAGAGCCAAUGUGUUAUUUCAGUUCAACUGAUGAAAUGUCAAAUAAAUGCAGAAUGAAAAUAAA